GAUUCCGGAGUCGUGCGCGGUGAUUCGAUGCGUGAGGAAAUCGGAAUCGCCUCCCGUUUCUCUGCAGCGCUCAUCGAGGGUGGAUGGUUGGAGGAGGAGGAAUGGCCGUGCAGACCGCCUGCUACAGUCCCGCGCGGAUGCUGCUGCUGGGCAGCUCGCUGGCCUUUGAGGAGGUCCGCUUGGAGCUCCUGGCCGAGCUGGGCUCGUUGCCCUCCGACUCUGGGCCUAAACGACCCGGCGAGCUGGGCCCGUUAGCCUCGGAUGGCGGCGUGAAGCGACCAAGCCAGCCGUCUGGCCGGCGGAGGGAGGUGGGCACUCUGCCGCUCGUAAAAUCGACGCUGAAAUCGCCGGUGGAAAACUACGUGAGGACGCCUCCUGCGCUGUCCCCAUGGGGCGUGUACGCUGGGCUGGAGAAGCCGGCGUACACAUGGACCCUGCAGGAGGUCUGCCGGUGGCUCAAGCGCAACUGCCCCCACCAUUACCCCAGCCUCCUGGAGCUGUUCUCUCAACACGACAUCACCGGCCGAGCGUUGUUGCGGCUCAACGAAGGGAAGCUGGCGCGCAUGGGCGUGCAUCGGGAGAGCCAGCGCCAGGAGCUACUGCAGCAGCUGCUUCAGCUGCGUCUGCGUGAGGAAGCGCAGCAGCUAUCGCUGCUCAGCCGAGGAUGGGGAGAGAGUUUGUAACUGGAAUAUGGAAUUUUUGGCUGUGCCAGUGCUGAAUCAUUGGAAGAGGGAGAAUUGGAAGAAAGCCUGGCACAGAUCAUCGAGAAAGUAGGGAAUGGAGAUUCCGCUCACAUUGACGUAAUCUUGUGUCGUCACAUGUGCCAUUUUUCACCGUUACGUAAUGACCAUCACUUGUGUUUUAUUAGGGCUGCAACUCACGGCUGAUUGUGUCACACACUCUGAACCUCCGUUGUGAUUGACAAUGAGUCACAAAUUCAUUGCUUGCGGUUAUGUUUAUAUCUUUGAAGCCCUGAAUGAACAAGGUGUGCUUUCGUACCAUUUGGAGGAUUAUUCCAAGUCAGUGGAAUUGGCUGCCACUUCCAAAAGGCAAAAAUUGGCACCCAAAUGGGGCAGUUUCGUUAUUGGAUGGCUCGCCAUGGCUGAAGAUUUUGAAUUGGUUUUUAUCGUAAAUUUUAUUAGCAAAUUCUGAAAUCCAAAUGGAGUAAUCUUAUAUAAUGAUUAAAACUGAGGGCUCAUCAGCAGUUGUUGCAGCUCUAUUUUUUAUCUAUCUUCUGAAUUAGCAGUGUGUGUGUGAAUGUAUUUACGUGUGUAUGUAUAUAUAUUCAUGUGUACAGUAUUUAUCUGUGCAUAUUUUAUGUGUGCUGUAUAUCUUCACAUAUCAUAUCCUGGCCUGGGCCUCUCUUAGGUAUUUUCGGCGAAAAAAUAGUACCUGGUGUGGUGGUGCUGGUGGUACUGGUGGUAUGGUCAUGAACAUCAGCACUGGGGAGACAAAGGUGGCCAGGAGCACGUGGUGCUGGCAACACCACCAGCUGUUCUGCCGUGCUGGCCUUAAUAGGCACUUACUCGCAGCGCUUGCCCCAACAGGGUAACCAGGCUCACAUAGGUCUGUAUUUGUGUUUGUAACUAAUUGGUGUUUGCACUUUAAUUGUAAAUGGUGGCGUUAUUUAUUUAUGUUGGAGGAACAAUGGUGCACUUUCGUAAGGACUAAAUCUUGAAGCAACCUAUUGUAGCAUCACCUUUAAUUUUGUUCUCAUCACGGGUAUUUCCCAGAUUAUAAGGUGAUCCGAAAAUUACGACGCGCCACAAACUUUGUGCCCGGUGUGAAUAAAGUUACACAAAUCUGGUCUCGCACACACGCACACGCGCACGCGCACCGGAAUACAAAACGCACCCCCGACUUUUAAUUUAUAAAAUACCGAGAGAAAAAGGCGCAUGCAGGGGAGAACGGUGCAACUUGGUGAAUAUGGUAUAUUUAUUCCCCUUUCAUCCAAUAUAUUUCCCUUUUUCCCCCACAUAAUUUAUUUUAUUAUCUGAUGCAGGAAUUUAUGUUGAGUAUAUUUUUUACUAUAUAUAACUUUAAGUGUACACCGAGUAACUGUGUUCACCUGUGUAAGUCGUGACCCCCACCGUGCUCUUCCGGUAGCUCCGUUGACUGAGGAGGUUUAGUAGAGUAGUCCAGUAGUGCAUGUCUGUGUUAAACUCACAGUGCUUGUGACAACGUUUCUGUGACUGCAGUAGCCAGCAGAGCAGGGCUUGCACGUACAUAGAGCCAGCAUUGAUGAGAAAUCGAUGUCUCGCAGAGGUAAGAAAGGCAGUCUUAGGCACUGCUGUCCCUAACUCAGACCCCUAAUACCUAAACCUAGCCCUUACCUCUGGCCCUUAACCCUCACCUUUCCUACAAAUAUGGAUUAAGUUUAGCAGUCUAAACCCUUUACCAUAAACCAUACCCUAACCCAUAACCUAAACCGUAAUAAUAACCUAUAAUCUUAAAACUUGAUGCCGAACUCCAAACCAUAACCCCCCCCCCCCCAAUCCUCUAAUCCUAACCCAACACAAAAACUAAAGGACUAUCACUCCUUUAUAUUUAAUCAACUGAAAACUAAGGAAGUGAACAUUGGAAAGGACCUGAAAUAGAUAAGCACAACCGAUAGAAGUUAUGGGAUUGCAUUACAUUCUGGUCUGUAAUGUGAAGACAGUAGCGCUAGAGACUUGUUUUUUGCCAUAUUUGUGGGCACAACCUUGGUAUCAGAGAAAACUGUACGAAAAUGGCUUGUUAACAUUUACUGACAAUAAUAAUAACCAUGAGGCAUGUCAUCAUGCAUCGAUUCAUAGACUGACAUCCAUUCUGACGCUCAUAUCAAAUCGUACGUGAAAUAAACUCUUAUUUAUAAAGUAUGCAAAUUAUGUGCAGAUGUUAAUGGUGCAGACAACACUGUACAAAUAAUACAAAAAUGUAAUAAACUGUAUAAAUGAGACGUUAAAGACGAGACAAAAAAUAAUCAAGUAUUCAAUUGAUUUGUGACUCCAAAUUGUGAAGAUUCCUAAAAUGGCCAGGAGGUUGAAUUAUUACAUGCCUAAUAAUAACACAAUUGAGUUUAAAGUCAAUUACGUUACAUAGUUAUUGGUUAAGCCCCACGUCAGGAAAUUGAGCCCAUCACCUAUUAGUUCAAGGGUGUGGAACCUAUGCCCCAUGGGCUUCCGAAUACAGCCCACAAAUUCACCCCAUUCGGCCUGUGGCCACACGAAGCCCACCACUUCAAAAUGGCCCACAAAUUAUAUUUAUCUGUCACUGAUAGCAUCCUAGCUGCACUAAUUGGGUCCUAGAGGGUGAAUAACUUCGACUUGGCAACAACACAGUGUUUUGCUAUCUUAACGCACUCAGUCACAUCUGUCAGGGCAAGGACCUCUCGCCAUGACAGACGUGACAGGCGUGCGUUCAUGUAGUAUGUGGUAUUUGAAAGUCCUAGAAAGGUAUUUGAAAGUCAUCGUUGGCCUUCAGGAAGGAAAAGGUUACCCACCCCUCUCUUGCUGAGCACUGGGUUUAAGCCCAAGGGCUGGGUGCCUUCAAGGGUCGAUGUCCACGGCAGGACACUGACCCAGCACCUCUUCGGUCUAUUCGUGUCUUUACACUCGGGAUGAAAGUUAAAAAGUCAAGGCAUAUGUAAUAUGCUUCAUGUUCUCAUCAAAGUCACCAAUUUGGAUGUGAUUGGUUAAAAAAAAGACGAAAAAUAAGUUCAAAUAAUGAGUCGGUGAAUUAAUGAAUAAGUGAAUGUUGGAACCCAAUGUGGAAACAAAACUUCUGCAGAGAGAACAAUACUUUCGUGCCAAAACCACGUGCAGUUCUUAGAAUUUACUUUGCGUGACUUUUCUCUGGAAAAAGUCAAAAAAAUGUCGUUCAUCGAGUCUGGACAUCCUCACAUUGUGCUGGUGACGAUUUGCCGUGGAUCCGUAUUUUAUUUAAUAAAGUAUCGAGAUGAGAAA